AGUGCAUGGGCUCAUAUUGUAAACCGCAUGCGGUAGUUGGGUAAAGAGAAACCUUUUGUCUCGGAGGCGAGCUGCUGCCCCGGCGGAGGGGCCAGGAGCAAGUCACGGAGGGGGCGAGGCCUCCCUUGGCCCAGCCAGCGUCCGGCGCCGUGACCCAGCAUGCGGGGCCGGUGACCUGGGAGGCGCGGGUAGAGCAUGACCUUCUCUGACCCUCGUGUUCCCUACAGGGCUCCGGCGGUGAGAUUGGCAGCAGCGCGGGAGGGGGAGUAGGAGGAGGCGUCGGCGGCGGGGGCGCCCGCUGUCACUACUGCGGCAAGGUGUUCCGCUGGCCGUGCCUCCUCCAGCGGCACAUACGGACCCACACAGGAGAGAGACCCUACGGCUGCCCGCACUGCCCGUACGCGGCGGCGCAAAAGUUCGAUGUGACCAAACACAUAUUCGCUCUCCACCCUGACAAGUUCCGCCCCAACAACGCGUAGCGAGACCUGCGCUUGCAUGGCGGCACGCCCACGCCCUCCCCCCAUCCACCCCCAGCCCCCCGGCGACGAGAGGGCGCAGAGGCCGGCGAACGCGUGGGGGCGGCGGCGCCGGCCCGUCGCUCGUGUGGGUUCGCGAGAGGCGUCCCUCCUGCCUGCCUUUGAUUGCCGCGGGAGUCUUGUGUUAGACAGAUGGCCAUGAAUGACCUGCUGCUGAGCGGGCUGUCUCUCCCGCACGCGCAGCCUCAGCAGAAACAGCCCAAGGAGGCGCAGUGCUAUAUCUGCGGCCACAAGUUCCGCUGGGACUGGCUCUUGCGGCGGCACAUGCGGACGCACACGGGGGAAAAGCCCUUUUCGUGCCCUUACUGCCAGUACCGCGCGAACCGGAAGGAGAUGAUCCGCAGCCACAUCUUCCACCGCCACCUAAAGCCGCAAGCGGGCCACCAGCAGCAACUGCAGCCAGUGCAACAACAGCUACAGCCGCAGCAGCAACCACAAGCACAACCGCAGUCAUCACAACAGCCGCAACCUCCUCAGUCAUAAUUUA